GCAAAAGGGCAUGCACGUCAUCGUGGAAAGAAAGAAAACUCUUCUCUUCUUCCCAGAGAAAGAAAGAAACACAUUUCCCUUCCAAGGAAAGAAAAUAAAAACGUAACAUCAUUGGAAUCAAAAUCAGGGUGCGAUCGAAAUUCCCAUUUACACAUACCAUAGAAGACUCACAUUAUUAUUAUUAUUAUUAUUAUUGCCUGCAAAUUCUUUUCCUUUUUCGCCAAGAAACCACCGCAACAACAUAGCAUUACAUGGUUUAACUUUUGCAAGGUGGCAUUGAAUUGAACCAACGUGUGUGUGUGUGUGCGAUGUGUGAGAGUGGGGCAGAUUCUGUUGAGAAUUGAGAUCCGUGUACGCACGCAUUAUUCACCGUUAUUCUUUUCAAACGGGCAUAUUCUGCUCUGUUCUGGGAAUUCAAUUUCAAAGAAACAAAGAAAAAAAACCCUUCCUUUGCGUUUUAUUGUUUCUUUCUUUUCUCUCUCUGUUGCCACCGUCUCUGGUGGUGGCACUUAUAAGAACGCGAGAAACGGUGCGUUUUGGUUCUGAAUUGCUGUGACUGUGAUAGAUGAUGGGUAGUUGCCCUUGUUUCGGGUUGUGGAGCUGGAAGACCAAAGGGAAGACCGUCAAGGCUCAGGAGGAACAAAACAAGAAUCGCAAAUCUCUCGAUGUCUCUGAAACUUCUUCAGGACUUGGACCAGAAGAAAACCCAACAGAGAGUGACAGUUCUCAUAAGGCUCAGAUAUUUACCUUCCGAGAGCUUGCAACAGCAACAAAAAAUUUUAGGGAUGAAACCUUUAUUGGGCAAGGUGGAUUUGGCACUGUUUAUAAAGGAACAAUCGGAAAAAUAAAUCAGGUUGUAGCUGUUAAAAGACUUGAUACUACUGGUGUCCAAGGGGAGAAAGAAUUUCUGGUGGAAGUUCUCAUGCUUUCCCUUCUACGCCAUUCCAACCUUGUUAAUAUGAUUGGUUACUGUGCUGAAGGGGAUCAACGUCUUCUUGUGUAUGAGUACAUGGCUUUAGGAUCUUUAGAAUCUCAUCUUCAUGAUGUUUCACCUGAUGAAGAACCACUCGAUUGGAAUACCAGAAUGAUGAUAGCUUUUGGGGCAGCAAAAGGACUAAAUUAUCUGCACCAUGAAGCAAAGCCCUCUGUUAUAUACAGGGAUCUGAAAUCAUCCAACAUACUAUUGGAUGAAGGUUUCCGUCCAAAACUUUCUGAUUUUGGGCUUGCAAAAUUUGGUCCAACCGGAGAACAAUCGUAUGUUGCCACUAGGGUCAUGGGAACACAAGGUUACUGUGCCCCUGAAUAUGCCACUAGUGGAAAAUUAACGAUGAGAUCUGACAUUUACAGUUUUGGGGUUGUGUUAUUGGAACUAAUUACUGGACGCAGAGCAUAUGAUGAUAAUGGUGGCCCUGAAAAGCAUCUUGUAGAAUGGGCACGCCCAAUGUUUAGAGACAAAAAGAGUUAUCCAAGAUUUGCAGAUCCGCGGCUUAAAGGUUGCUACCCAGGAACAGCUCUCUCGAAUGCCAUUGAAUUGGCAGCCAUGUGUCUUCGUGAAGAGCCACGUCAACGGCCUAAUGCAGGUCAUAUAGUGGAAGCUCUCAAAUUCUUGUCAUCCAAACCAUAUACCCCGAAAGUAUCCAUUACAGUCAACACAACAGGUAUGGAGAGUGGAGAUUCUCCAAAAGAAACACCAGCGAUUUUGCCUCAAGAAUCAGAAAGAGAGCGAGCUGUUGCAGAGGCCAAGCUGUGGGGUGAGACAUGGAGGCAGAGACGACAAAGUGAGCAAAGUAGUCCUGAAGGAAGCAAAUAGUGCAGGGGGUACCAGAAAGAAAACCUUCAAAGCAGAUUAGAAGUGGCUAGUAUCUAAAAAGGUAUAGGGAAAGUAAAGAAACUUCAAAAGAUAAUGUGUUCAAGAUUUAAAUGUAGCUAAUAAAAUUAGUUGGCCAGCUAAAUUUAAAAAGUGUCGUUUAGGCACUUGUGAAUUUGAGGCUCAACUUUACAUGCUUUGACAUGAGUUUUUAGAUUUUAUGGUUGCUCUUGCUUUGCUGCAUUGAAAAAUAUGAUACAUUACUACUACUUCUAUGUUCUAACUCUAACUGCUGGAGCCUGGAAGCAAACACAAAUUUUUUAACAGAAAAUAACUAGCAAAUUGAUUGGAUUGCUGAAUUUUUCUUCUGCGUAAAAUGUAUGAGACAUAUAAGCUGAAGUAUAUCCCCAGCAAGGUCUGCAUGUCUGUUCAGG